AGAGAGUGAUGGAGCUUAGGUACAGCAUAAUGAAUAUUAUUCUCAAAAGAAAUGAAGGGUGGGUUCAUUGUCACUGAGAAAAAUGAGUGUGUAACAGCAAAGAGAGGUCUGUUAGAAUAGUUGGCAAAUGUGUCAGUAAAAAAAAUUAAUAAAUAAAGUGUUAUGUUAAAGGAGCAAGCAAGCUUGGGGUUCAAGAGAAGAACCUCUCCAAGUUCUUGUAAGUUAAACUAUUAAAAAAAAGGAUAAAAAGAGAGAGAGAGAUGUAUAUGAUAAUCAAAAAAUUACUAGGAGUAAAGUAAUAUAAGAAAAGAGAUUAGGUUCUGUAAUAAUUUAACAAACAAGGGCAGUUGGUAGUAGUUAGUUUUGUCUUUUAAAAUCAUACAUGUCAUCUCUUAGCUUGGGCAGGUAAGCAAAGACUCUCUUUCUCACUCUUACUCUCAUUUGAGUUUGUUUUAUGUGCUUUCUCUUUGAGCUCUUAAUGUUUUCAUGUGAUCUGUAAAAUUUGGAAUUUGAUGCUGUCUUUGUUGUUUUCCGAGUUCUCCAUUACUGAAUUUCGUUUUUCUGUCUAAUUUAAGCAAAAAAUUGACACUAUUUGAGGUUCUGUCGAACCACCCACUUCAGGGCCUGUGAAAUGAAACUCUUUCCAUUUCAGUAUUUGCAUUAUUUAAGUAGAAUUUAACACUUUUUAGCCUUUUUUAGGUACCUAUGUGAGAAUACCUCAAAGGGUUUCUCGAACUCUUUUUUAUGGUUCUUGGAAGUUGUUGGGACUUGAUUCAAAACUUGAAAAACUAUCCUUUCCUUUUUCCUCAUUAGACUGCUCAAAUCACUUCCUUCAUUUUGAUAUCAAUUGCUCAAAUCUAGAGUUAAUCCUCCUCAAUUGAGUUUCAGCUGAAGAGAUUCGAAGCCUACAUUUAUCAAUCAAAUACAUUGGGUGUUUAACUAAGUGGAGAAUGUGAAAAAUUAUCUGUCAUAUAUGCAAAAGAGAAAAAGGGAAUCUGCUUUUUUGGUUAGCCUAGUGAGCUGUUAAUCAGUUAAGCUAUAGUUUGUCUAUGUCUACUUUAUGCUCUGAAAGGUUCACUUUCUUGUCUGUGUGAAGCAUUUCCUUUUUAACAUUCAUAUCAGAGUGGACUUGAUCUAGAGUUUUUGAAAGAUGAAGUAAGCUGGUACUCGCUAGAUAUUAUGCCUGACAGAUUUGAUUUCUCUUUUACAUUGUGUCUGUCGGAAGCUGCUAUAAGGGGUUUCUUUAACUUUAACAUCCUAUCAGUCCUAUAAAGCUGCCAAGGUUAUUUGUUGCUUGUCUAGUCGUGCAAGAUAUCACCAUCUAAUUUUGGCCAAACCCCACUUUGCCUUUAGUUUCAUAUAUCAGCUGCUUGCUUCUGUUUGAUAUCUAAAUUUCAGUCCUCUUCUGGGAGAGCUUUUAGUAGGGGUUUUGUUUCAGUAAUAGAUAAUUCUCUUCCUUUGGGAAUAAGUUUUGAGGCGAAAAUAUGGAUGGUGGUGAUAAUGAUGAUUCGGGAUUUCAUAAUAGAAAUGGGAGUGUCAUGAAUUGUCUACCUUCAGGGAUGAAUACAAACUCAUUGCCUCUGAAGGUUUCGGGAAUGUCAAUGAACUCAGUGUCCAUGUAUAAGUCUUCAAGUGGAGCAGACCAUUUCUUUGGUUCUGGUUGGGAUCCAUAUGUUUCAUUGAGUCAGGGUGAAAACUUUGGAGUUUCUUCACUGGUUUCUCAUUGUGAAUUUGCUACUUCUCCUUACCCUGUUGGAUUGGAAAACCAGGGACUUAGUAGCACUUCCAACUUAGCUCAGUACCCAUCUGAUCCAAGUUUUGUUGAGGUUGUGCCAAAGAUUCCGAGCAUUGGAAGUGGCAACUUCUCAGAAAUGGCUAAUUCCUUUGGCUUACAUGAGACUGCACGUAUUGCUAAUACUGGGUGUCCAGCAAAUUAUACUCCAAAUAAGGAGAAUGGCAAUGAAAGAACUUCGACAAAUGUGGCACAAUCUUUUCAGGACUGUCAAAUCUUAGAAGAGGUAGCCAUAAGACCUUCAACCGAUGGAAAGACAAGAAAACGAGCAUCUGAGUCAAGUUCUCCUUCCAAUCCCAAUAAGAAUGCCAAUGAAAAGUGUCUAAAGGAUCCCUCUGGAGAGAGUUAUGGUAUUGUGAAAGAACAAGAUGAGAAGAAACCAAAAAUUGAACAAAACACAGGUGCAAAUUCACGUGAUAAACAAGCUGCUAAACAAGCUAAAGACAGUUCUAAUAGUGUAGAGGCUCCGAAAGAAUACAUUCAUGUGAGAGCCAAAAGGGGCCAGGCUACUAAUAGUCACAGCCUUGCAGAGAGGGUGAGAAGGGAAAAGAUUAGUGAGCGGAUGAGAUUGCUUCAAGAACUUGUUCCUGGAUGCAAUAAGAUCACUGGCAAGGCAGUCAUGCUUGAUGAAAUUAUUAAUUAUGUGCAGUCACUGCAACAGCAGGUUGAGUUUCUGUCAAUGAAACUUGCCACUGUCAACCCUGAAUUAAACAUUGAUAUAGAAAGGAUUCUAUCCAAAGAUAUUCUCCAUUCACAUAGCAGGGGAGCAGCUAGUCUCGGAUUUAGUUCUGGAAUGAACUCCUCUCAACCUAACUCACAUGGAAUUUUCCAAGGAACCAUGCCAAGUAUCCCUACUGCUAAUCCUCAAUUUCCUCCCUUACAUCAGACUAUGUUAGACCCUGAGCUCCAGAGUCUUUUCCAAAUGGGGUUCGAUUCUGGUUCAGCUGCUGAUGGCUUGGGCCCACAUGGGCGGUUGAAAUCAGAGCUCUGAUAAAUUGGAAGUAUGGAGGGGCUUAAGGUCCUGCUAACAGAGAAUCCAAAAGUUUGAAGUUGACUGCACAUUUUAACUCGUUUAGAAAAGAGAAAAGAUAUAGAAAAAGAAAGAAACAGUUGUAUAGGUUCUCAGCUCCUUACUGUUUGCACUUCGAACUUUUAGCAGAAGAAAACAACUUGGUAGAAUCAGAAAGACAACAAAAUGUUUUCAUUUGGUCUUGUAGAUUUGAGGAAGGUAGUGUGUGUGAAGUUCCUUCCCUUAUCAUGAUUGUUUGUCGCAAACUAUUCUUAAAAAAGAAAAAAGAUGUCUUGCAGAUUGAAGUGGAAA